CUAAUAUAAAUAAACAAAUUCACAUACAUUUCAUAAUAUCAUUGCAUACACAGAUAGAAUCAUAGAAUAAACACUCUCUUUGAAGGACUUUGAAGGAGGAUAGCACCACCUGAAUAAGUCCUUCAAUUUAUUACUCAUCCAACAGCUCCUUUUUUCACAACAAGUGUUGAUUGGGAGCUUCUAAAUAAUAAAAAUGGGAGAUAAUAAGAGAAUAGCCAUCAUUGGCGUUUCUACCUUCUUAUUAGUAGCUAUGGUUGUUGCCGUUACAGUUAGUAUCGGCAACAAAAAUGAAACAGUAGACAAUUCAAAAGAUUCACAUGUAUCUUCAUCAGUAAAAGCUGUUAAAACUCUCUGUGCACCAACAGAAUACCAAAAAGAAUGCGAGGAUAGUCUGACACAAAAUGCCGGAAACAUAACCGAUCCAAGAGAACUCAUCAAAAUCGCCUUCAACAUAACCAUCACAAAAAUCGGUGAAGGACUUGAAAAAACUCAGCUCCUUCAUGAAGUUGAAAAUGAUCCAAGAACCAAAGAUGCACUUGACACAUGUAAACAACUGAUGCAUCUUUCGACCGAAGAAUUCAAAAGGUCGUUAGAUAGGUUCAGUAACUUUGAUCUUAAUAGUCUUGACAGAGUCCUGACUAGUUUGAAAGUAUGGUUAAGUGGUGCCAUUACAUACCAAGAAACUUGUUUGGAUGCUUUUGAGAAUACUACAACCGAUGCUGGUCAUAAAAUGCAAGAGAUUUUGCAAACCGCGAUGCAUAUGAGUAGUAACGGUCUUGCCAUCAUUAACGAACUUUCCAAGACAUUCGCAGACAUGAAACAACCUGCAGGUCAUCGUCGUCUUUUGAAGGAAAAUGUUUAUGAAGAAGUGGAUGCUUUUGGUCAUAUUGGUAAUUUUGAACUUCCUGAUUGGGUUGAGGAUCGUGCUGGUGUUAGGAAACUACUUAAAAUGACUGGAAGAAAACUUUCAGCUCAUGUUGUAGUUGCUAAGGAUGGAACUGGAAAUUUCACCUCAAUCAAUGAAGCUCUUAAAACUGUUCCCAAGAAAAACUUAAGGCCAUAUGUUAUUUACAUCAAGGAGGGUGUUUAUAAUGAAUAUGUUGAAGUUGAGAGAAACAUGACUCAUGUUGUUUUCAUCGGUGAUGGUGGUAGAAAAUCGCGCAUUACUGGCAACAAAAACUUUAUUGAUGGAGUUGGUACCUACAGAACCGCCACCGUUGCUAUUCUUGGAGAUUUCUUUGUUGGCAUUGGUAUCGGUUUUGAAAACUCUGCCGGAGCACACAAGCAUCAAGCAGUUGCCUUGAGAGUCCAAGCUGACAGAUCAAUCUUCUACAAAUGCAGAAUGGAUGGUUACCAAGAUACACUUUACGCACACACCAUGCGUCAAUUCUAUCGCGAUUGUGUUAUCACAGGUACCAUUGAUUUCGUCUUUGGUGAUUCCGUUGCUGUUCUCCAAAACUGCACUUUCGUUGUCCGAAAGCCAUUGGAAAAUCAACAAUGCAUUGUGACUGCACAAGGUAGGAAGGAAAAAACUCAACCAUCAGGAUUAAUCAUCCAAGGAGGUUCAAUUGUGUCAGAUCCUAAAUACUAUCCAGUUAGGUUCGACAACAAAGCUUAUCUCGCUCGUCCAUGGAAGAAUUUCUCAAGAACUAUCUUCAUGGAUACAUACAUUGGUGAUUUGAUUACACCUGAUGGUUAUAUGCCAUGGCAAACACUAGAAGGUAUCACAGGAACUGAUACAUGUUACUAUGCUGAAUACAAUAACCGUGGUCCUGGUUCCGAUGUUUCCAAGCGCGUUAAAUGGGAAGGUGUUAAGACUAUUACUUCACAAGGAGCAGCUGGUUUCCAACCAACAGCAUUCUUCCAUGGAGAUGAUUGGAUUAGGGUUACAAGAGUUCCUUAUUAUCCAGGAGGUGCAGGAGCUUCUCAUAAAACACCAACUCAUUGAAAUUAAUUUAUUUAUUCUUUUUCUUUCACAAGAGAGUGAAUGUGUGUGAGCGCGCGUGCAUGUUGCAAUAAGUGCUAAAUAUUAAUGUUUGUAUUGCAGUGCAAGUUCUGUCUGUGUUUUGUUUUUCUAUUUAAUUUAAUUACUUAUUGGUUUUUGAAAGUGCUAUGAUGUAAUGUCAAUUUCAGACAAUUCACAAACUGCAGGUGAUUUUGAUUAUAUUCUCUUGCAGAUUGUUGUAUAGAUUUGAAAUUACAUAACUAUAAAGUUUCUUCUUUCACGAUUUACGCCAAUGUUUAUGCAUAUAUUAGACAAAUGUUUGUCAUAUAUAAUUAAGCCUUGUUAGUCAAUAAUAACUAGGUAGUUGAACUUGAAUGCAAAGCAACUUACAAAACACACAAUACUUUGUUUUGAGCUAAAAUAUGGUUAAAAUCCAAACAAUUAGAGUUAAUAUAUAGAAAAUUUGUGACCAUAAUAUUGCAGAAUUCACAAUAUCAAUCAUGUGGUCUUUUUUCUUUAUCAAUCAGAAUUAGAACUAAAAGGAAAAAAAACAUAAUAGAGCAAAGAGCAAAAUUCUAAGCUGCAAAACUUCUGUAGCAUUAGCUAAUUAUUAAUCCAAAGUAUACUUUAUUUUUAUUCGAUAUU